AUGCCUCUUGCCAUUGUGAUUGGUGCCACGAAGAACUCUGUGUGCUGUUUACAGUCUGCUCCCAGGGCUGAAUUCCGUCCGAAAGCUUGGGCAGGAAGGAUACAGUCAGACAAAGGAGCAGAUCCACUGGACAAGGAGAACAUGAAACCCUCUACGGCAACCAAUCCGGAGAAUGGUCUCUCCCAGAUCCUGAGGCUUGUGCUGCGAGAGCUGAAUCUGUUCUACAGCCGAGAUGUGAACGGAGUGUGUCUCCUAUAUGAUCUUCUCCAUUCCCCAUGGCUGCAGGCUCUGCUAAAGAUUUAUGAUUGUCUCCAGGAAUUUAAAGAAAAGAAACUCGUUCCUGCCACAACUCAUGCACAGACAUUAUCCUGUGAGGUAGUGGGGAUAUUAUGUGAAACUCCUAAAUCCCCUGAGAUCCAAGAGCUGAAACAAAUCCUCCAGGAUCCACACUUUAAGGCCUUGCUCAGUGCCCAUGACACUGUGGCUCGGAAAGAUUUUGAACCCCUUCUCCCCCCAUUGCCAGACAAUAUCCCUGAGAGUGAGGAAGCAAUGAGGAUUGUUUGUUUGGUGAAAAACCAACAGCCCCUGGGAGCUACCAUCAAGCGCCACGAGAUGACAGGGGACAUCCUGGUGGCCAGAGUCAUCCACGGUGGGCUGGCUGAGAGGAGUGGGUUGUUAUAUGCUGGAGACAAACUGGUGGAAGUGAAUGGAGUUUCAGUUGAGGGACUGGAUCCUGAGCAAGUGAUCCAUAUUCUGGCCAUGUCUCGCGGCACAAUAAUGUUCAAGGUGGUUCCAGUUUCUGCCCCUCCUGUUAAUAGCCAGACGAUGGUGUACGUUCGUGCCAUGACUGAGUACUGGCCCCAGGAAGAUCCCACCAUCCCCUGCAUGGACGCAGGGUUGCCUUUCCAGAAGGGGGACAUCCUUCAGAUUGUGGAUCAGAACGAUGCCCUCUGGUGGCAGGCCCGGAAAAUCUCAGACCUUGGUACCUGUGCUGGACUAAUUCCUUCUAACCACCUUCUGAAGAGGAAGCAACGGGAGUUCUGGUGGUCUCAGCCAUACCAGCCUCACACCGGGCUCAAAUCCACCAUAUCAAUUUCUAUGGAAGAAGAAGAUGACAUGAAGAUUGAUGAGAAGUGUGUGGAAGCAGAGGAGCUUUCAGAAGACAAGGAGGAAUUUGUUGGCUCUGGUCAGAAGUUCUUUAUCGCUGGCUUCCGCCGCAGCAUGCGCCUUUGUCGCCGCAAGUCCCACCUGGGCCCGCUGCGCGCGCGGCUGGGUGGCUCCAGCGCGCCGGGCGCGCCCUACGAGGAGGUGGUCAGGUACCAGCGCCGCCCGUCCGAUAGGCACCGCCUCAUCGUGCUCGUGGGACCUUCUGGUGUUGGAGUCAAUGAACUGAGAAGACAACUCAUUGAACUUAAUCCUAAGCAUUUCCAAAGUGCUGUGCCACAUACUACUCGCUCCAAAAAGAGUUAUGAAAUGGAUGGACGUGAGUAUCACUAUGUGUCAAAGGAAGCAUUUGAAAGCCUCGUGUAUAGUCACAGGAUGCUCGAGUAUGGUGAGUACAAAGGCCACCUGUAUGGCACAAGUGUGGAUGCUGUUCAAACAGUCCUUGAUGAAGGAAAGAUCUGUGUCAUGGACUUAGAGCCUCAGGGUAUUCAAGUAGCUCGAACCCGGGAACUGAAGCCUUAUGUCAUAUUUAUAAAGCCACCUAACAUGAGUUGUAUGAAGGAAUCUCGGAAAAAUGCCAAGAUCAUUACAGACUACUUUGUGGACAUGAAGUUCAAGGAUGAAGAUCUACAAGAGAUGGAGGAUUUAGCCCAAAAAAUGGAGGCACAGUUUGGCCAGUUUUUUGAUCAUGUGAUUGUGAAUGACAACUUGCAAGAUGCAUGUGCCCAGUUGUUGUCUGCUGUUCAGAAGGCUCAGGAGGAGCCUCAGUGGGUACCAGCACCGUGGGUUUCCUCGGAUACUGAGUGUUAAGGAAGCCUCCUGCUUUGUGCCAGAGUUGUAACUAUACCCAUCUGUAACAGAGCUCUGGAAUAACGGCUGCAAAGCAAAACAACAGUAUUUGCUCCCUUUGUAAUGUAUGCAACUUUAAACGUGGUGCAGUUUAUUCAUUAAGCUUAUUUGAAAAAAAUAUUUGCAGUGUAUGCAUGUAGAAUUACCUCCUUGGCUUUCAGGAAAAAAAAAAAGUUUUCCUUUACCUCAUAUGCAGCAGUGGUAAGAAUACAAACAAUGUUAAGCCACUGAGUGUGAAACCCUUUUAUAGAUUUCGUAUGGUCUUUGUACAAUUCAGAUAAAAGAGCUUCCCUAAAUAAAAUAAGUAGUACUUAAUUUCAGAAACUGUAUUUAACCUCAUGCAAUUUCUGUUUUAUGAAAACGGCUUUUACAAAAGUGCCUACUUGACUGACUCGGCAAGAAAAAAGGGUUAAUGUACACAUUUCACAUCUAACAUGAAAACGUACAGAAAUGGCACUGCCCUCAUCAUUUAUACAUCAGUCUACAAGGAAAAAAUUAUUCUUCUGAUCAGAGCUGUAACCAUCAUUAAUUUGCCUAAAAGCCAAUAUCCACAUCACGCCUAAAUUAGGAAAGGGCAAUUGACUUUAGUCCUAGAGAUCGGUAU